AUGAUUCCUGGCUUUACGUGUCGAUUGCCUGACGAGACGCAGUCAAGUGCAGUCGCGGCAAAGACCAGGAGUGUUCCAAAAAAUGCUCCCGCCGAGGAAGCAAGCAGCAGCAAUGUGAUCGAUGCGGACGCCGCGCACUGGGCGGCCUGCAAGGUGAAGGGCUGUGCCCGCUGUGUUUUCAUACGGAACCGCCAGGAAUGGGAGGCUAAGCUGCCCAUGGGAGACCUGGGAGUAUCGUGGCUGCACGGCUAUCUUGAUAGGGACGACGGUCUGUUCAAGCUAAAGUGCCGAGCCUGUGAGAAAACCAAGCAGACGAACCGCUUUGCCAGUGGCGUUGUCACGACUUUGUUCGGCAACCUCAGCCGCCACCACGGCUGCAGCCAACAUCAGAGCGCGCUAGCUUCUAUGGGCCUAUGCCCGGAAAGGGACGAGGUGCCCGCGCCAGCGGCCGCGGAUUUUCAGCGGGUGGCCGAGAAUCGAUUGAAAGGGACAGCCUUGAGGCACGGCAUCAAGGGACUGGGUGGCCAACAUAAGACGACUUCCAUGGAGAUUGCGCUGGGGCAAGCCAUGUUCGAGAUCGACCGAGCCUUCCUGGCCGACGCGACCAGCGUGGCGAUUUUUGCGGAUGCCCGUCAGCACAUGUUGCUUCUGCGGUUCCGGGCUUGCAACGAUGAACUCAUCACUCGGCGAGGCCUUCUCGGGUAUCGUAGUUUGGGCACAUCCAGCGGCGCCUCUGGCCUUCAAGAUUGCAUAGAGGGCAUGCUGGAAGAUUUCUGCACCGGCUUAGAUGGUGUUCUGAAUACGGCACUCCUCACGCACCUGCGGGCCAGCGUCGAGAUGUACGUGGCAGAUGCUGCGUCGGAUGAGCAGCUGACGGGCCAGCUCCUCCGCUCGCAGCGGUACUUUCAGAAUUUGCGAUUCGUGUCCAAAGACCGAGCUCACGCAUCGCAAAGGCUGGCUGCUGAGUUGUUAAGCAGGCCGUGGCAUGCCAGCGCGACUCUGCGUGACAUCCUGGACAAGUUCGCUAUUGGCUCCGAGUCUAUUGCACACAAGGUCCAGUAUUCGCCUCACAUCAGCCAAGUAUUCCAGGCCUUUUGCAAGGAGUCAUCGAAGUGCCCGGUCAGCGCGACUCAGAUUCGCAAUUUGGGGCACGCGAAACACCGCUUCAGCAGCUUAUCUAAGCCGCUGGGGAGAGCAGUGCUGCACGUGGACAGCCUUCUAAAGACGGCGAUCUGGCUCACGGUUCACCGCAGCCAGAAACUCGAAGGCCAGCAGGCCGCGGACUUUCUGGAGCACAUGCACGAAAGGGAGUAUUUGUUGGCAGCAUUGCUGGCUGACGCCAGCGACGAAAGCGUGCGUCUGCUGCGUGUCUUUGACACGGAGUCAUACGACCUGGCGGUGGUGGCCACGGAGCUCCAGGUCUAUAUGUCGCGGCUCCACUUCCUUUUCAACGAGGAGCUGCCGUAG